CCCCACCCCCGCCCCACCCCGACCCCGCUGAGGCGAAGGGAGGAGGCGCCGGAGCGGCCAUGAAGGCGGGAGCAACAUCCAUGUGGGCUUCCUGUUGUGGGUUGCUGAAUGAAGUCAUGGGGACUGGAGCCGUUCGUGGCCAGCAACCUGGAUUUGGGGGUGGGGCAAACCCAUUUAGGUUUGCACCAAGUACAGACUUCACCGUGUAUACCUCUUCCGCAGCAGGAGGAGCUAAUCUGGUCUGUAAAUCUUGUGGCCUCUCAUUCUCCGUAUUCAGGAAAAAGCAUGUAUGUUGUGAGUGCAAGAAGGAUUUCUGCUCCGUGUGUUCAGUCUUUCAAGAGAACCUCCGAAGAUGCUCCACCUGUCAGUUGUUGCAGGAGACGGCAUUCCAGCGGCCGCAGUUGAUGCGCCUGAAAGUAAAAGAUUUGCGCCAGUACCUGGUUCUUCGGAACAUCCCAACAGAUACUUGUCGAGAGAAGGAAGACUUGGUGGACCUUAUCCUGUGCCAUCACGGACUGGCUUCCGAGGAGGAUACAGACACUAGCAGCUUGUAUUCGAUGCGGUCACAGACCUCUAGUUUCUCUACACAUCCUAUUUCUCUGCCGGGAUCUGUGUCAUCCUCUCAGGGAGAACUUGCAAAUAGGCAUGAGAGCACGGGAAAUGAAAUGCAGUUACAGGGACAAAGUGAGAGACUCUUGGCAGACCUUGGGGAAGAGGAGGAAAAUGCAGAAGAGCAGACCCCAGGGCAGUCCCGGAAGCGUGCCAGAGCCUCACUCUCUGAUAUUUCAACCCUGGAUGAUAUUGAAGGGCUAAGUGUUCGCCAGCUGAAGGAAAUACUUGCUCGUAACUUUGUAAACUACUCUGGAUGCUGUGAAAAAUGGGAGCUGGUAGAAAAAGUGGGCAGGCUGUACAGAGAGACCGAAGCAAAUCACAGAACACAAGGGGAGAAGCCUCCGCUGACUGAUGAAGACGACAACCUCUGCCGCAUCUGCAUGGAUGCUGUGAUCGACUGCGUGCUCUUGGAGUGCGGCCACAUGGUCACCUGCACCAAAUGCGGCAAGCGCAUGAGCGAAUGUCCCAUCUGCCGCCAGUACGUGGUGAGGGCCGUGCACGUCUUCAAGUCGUGAGCGGCAGAGACCAGAGCCGGCGGCUGCCCACGGCGCUUCCUGCUGGGGCGGGCGCAGGCCACGGCAGCCACGGCUGGCAGCUCUGUGCUAAACCGCUUUCAGUAACUCAUAGCACCCAGAACAGGAGCUUAGGAGCGUGACUGCAGAAGCAGCCAGACGCUCUCUUAAGAACAGAGCUGUGUGAACUGAAUAAAACCAGAAACUGUUUUGAGUCAAACUUGCAGCAGCAGAUCUAGUACAACUAAUUGCUCUCUUCUGAAGAAUAGCGCGUGGAAGGGCCAAGGAACGGAACGCUGCCUUUCCCAACGGAAGAGGGAAGAGGACGCGGCGUGCUCAGAUCAGCGCACCGUCCCACGCAAGUCCGCUGCAGUCUCUUACUGACCCCCGAACGCCGUUCCACGGCGUUGGAUCGGAUGAAGCGCAGCAGCCUUAAUCAUGCCAGCUCCAAGCUGCCCCAUGUGCGAGACGGGGGAGGAAGAAUUUGACACGUCUCUGUUCUGCACACCAUUCAGUAACUGUUCCUGAAUGUCUUAACAUUCUAGGCAUGAGUUUGGACCAACAUAUCUAAGUUAGCUGUGUGGAAGCUCAUUUUCUCCUUAGCAGCUCCCAAGGCUUCACCUAUGUAGAAAUGGUGAAGAUCUUCAGCGCUUUCAGUUCAGUCCCCUAGAAGGCAUUGUUAACGCAGCCACGCCAGUUUGGGUGGGGGCGGGGCGGGCUGCUCCUUUGGCAGGGGCAGGCGCUGUGCAAAGAUGGCUCUGGGGAAAGGCAGGCAGGGAGCGCUGGGCAUCGCCAUCCUUAUUUGGAUGCUGGACAGGGCUACAUGCGCCACAGCUAGAGCCUUAAUUUGACCACUUGCAUUUUAAACCAGAACAGAAAUAAAGGGGAGCAGCUACGAGCCCAGGAUCUUCCUGAAGUGAAGAUCCUUCCUUUACUGUGAAAAAUGGCAAUCCUGUCGAGUCCCGAAUGUCCACCCACCGCUCUCGACAAGCGGCAGGUAUGGCUGCUUUGCAUUUCAAAAGCAGAGCUGUUCCAAAGCAAGUUUCAGUGCUUGUAGGAUGGAGCACCCGGGAAGGCCUUGGAAACGGAUGUUAGUCAGGCUCUAGCCAGAGCAGCAGAGAUGUGAUUUUCGUACCUUAAAACUUAUUUUUCAGAAGGGAGCAAGACAUUGUGGCUUUAUUUUUAGAAAGGUCUUUUAAAGAUAAGGUGCAGAAAAUCCACUGAUCAAGCCCUUGGUCAGGGUUACACGCGUAAAGAGAAUGUAGCAUAUCCAUAGCAUUCUGAACAAGGGCGAUGGACUGAAUAAACGUUUUGUUAACUGGG